AUGAUGAAACCAGUUCCAAGGCUUUGGGUUGUCAUCUCAGUUAUGUCUGUGUUCUGUCUCUUCGUUCUGUUUCAAUUCCAUGUAUCAUAUUUAUUCGGAAAAAGUCUCCAAAUCACUCAUCAAGUAAACAACUUCUUCAUCUCCAUCUCUUCUUCUUCACAUCCUCAACCCCUAAACCUCACCAGAUUUGCGAACGAGAGUGAUGGAAACAAAGCAAAACAUCCCCAAGAAGAAGAAGAAAAGGAAACUUGUGCAGGAAGGUACAUAUAUAUGCACAAUAUUCCAAGCACAUUCAACGACGACAUCAUCAAAGACUGUAAAACACUCAUCAAAUGGUUCACCAUGUGUCCCUUCAUGGUCAAUUCCGGCCUCGGCCCUCAAGUUUCAGAGUCAGACAACAAGACAUCUCGUGUCUUAACCUCGAAAACCGGUUCUUGGUACGCAACAAACCAGUUCUUGCUAGCGGUUAUCUUCAGAGAGAGGAUGAAACAUUACGAGUGUUUGACCAACGAUUCAUCUCUAGCCUCAGCGUUCUACGUCCCGUACUACGCGGGUUUUGACGUAGGCCGUCACCUCUGGGGAUACAAUACAACGGUUAGAGACGAACUAGGUAUAAAACUGGCUAAAUGGCUAAGAGAGAGACCCGAGUGGAGGAAGAUGUACGGUCGAGAUCACUUCUUUGUAACAGGACGGAUCGGUUGGGACUUCAGGAGAGGUUUAGAUGAAGAUUCAGCAUGGGGAAGCAAACUGAUGUUAUUGCCAGAGUUUGCUAACAUGACGAUGUUAUCUAUCGAAACCACUGCUUGGACUAACGAGUUUGCGGUUCCUUAUCCGACUUACUUCCAUCCAAAGAGCUUACCCGAGGUUAGGAGAUGGCAGAUGAAGGUGAAGACUGUGAAGAGGAAGUAUUUGUUUUCGUUUGUUGGAGCUCCAAGGCCGAACAUGGAUGGAUCUAUAAGAGGGGAGAUUAUAAAGCAAUGCCUUGCGUCUCACGGUAGAUGCAAGUUUCUUGAUUGUAAUAAAUCAGGUCAAGAUUGCGAUAACCCGGUUAAGGUAAUGGAAGUGUUUCAACGUUCGGUUUUCUGUUUACAACCUAGAGGAGAUUCGUAUACUAGAAGAUCAAUAUUUGAUUCGAUUUUGGCUGGCUGUAUACCGGUUUUCUUUAAUCCCGGUUCGGGUUAUAACCAGUACAUGUGGUAUUUUCCUAAGGAUUUUAGGAAGUAUUCUGUUUACAUACCGGAGAAAGGGAUGAAGAAUGGAACGGUUAGUCUCAGGAAUUUGUUGGGUAGGAUUGAUUUGGGGAGUAUUGUUAAGAUGAGGAAUGAAGUUGUGAAGAUUAUACCGAAGAUAAUAUAUGUUAAACCGGGAUUAGUUGGACCGGAAAAGAUUGAAGAUGCAUUUGAGAUUGCAGUUGAUAGGGUUAUUGAGAGGGCAGCAAUGGUUAAGAGGAUGAUGGAAGAAGGGAAAGAUCUCCAGAGUGAGUAUUCACAGACGAGAGAUUUGGAAAAGUUUGAGUGA